UUCGUUUUCCUCGAUAAUAGCACAGUGAAUCAUCACUUUUACUGUCAGUGUUUUCAAACUACGCUGGACCCUGUUUGUACCUUUUAAUCGGUGUUAUCGGUUGAGUGAGUAGAAAUGACUUCCGAUACUGAUACAGAUGAAACGUGGGAGAAUCUCAUUGAAAACUUCAAGCCCAGGCUGCGGGAGCUCAUUUCGGUGAACCGGGUUCUGGAUUAUAUAGAUUUUAUGAAACCCGCUCAAAAGGAACAGAUCAGACAAAAAGCGAGAACCGAUGGUGACAUAGCUGCUGCAGAUCUCCUCAUUAACGUGGUUAUUACGAAGCCACACAACACUGGCUGGUUCAAUGUAUUUGUUGACGCGUUGUUAAAUUCAGGUUGUGUCCAUGCAGCGGAUUAUAUGCAGGGAAAUCUCCCAGAACCUGAAGUGGAGGCAGAGAAUGACUACUGUGUUCUGCUUAUUAGACUACUCUCACCCAGUCUUGUGAAAAUGAAGACUCAAGAAGUCUGUGUACACUGUUUGGCUCAAGAAUUAAUCAACCCCGAGGACAGUGAGAGAAUUACAGCUGAAAUAAGAAACAAUGGAUCCAUUAGUGGAGCCCGUGAACUUCUGAGCAUCAUCGUGAGAGGUCGACCAGGGUGGUUUUCAAAAUUUCUACAAAUUCUGCGUGAAACUGAACACAAGCACCUGUAUGAGCUGACUGGAGGCUCACCUGACUGUGAAAAACAAGAUGAGAAACUUUCUUCUCUGAAAGGUGAACCUACAGGAAGCCCGGCAGCAGCUGAAAGCCCAGAGUAUAUGGAAAUCAACGUAACAGAGGAUCCUGAAACCACAGACCUGUAUGAAGGAGCGAACACUAAAUCCGAAAAACUCCCAGUCAGCUCGGAGCCCUCACAACAGCCAGAUGGAGCCAACCCAGCAGCAGCAGCCAGAGGCCCAGAAAGCAAUGAUAUUGUUCUUCGAGAUUAUCAGGAGGAGGUCGCUAGACCUGCCUUGGAGGGGAAAAACAUCAUCAUAUGCCUCCCAACAGGAAGUGGUAAAACCAGAGUCGCAGUUUAUAUUACCAAAAAACAUCUGGACGGCAGGAGGGCAGAGGGGCAAUCAGGGAAAGUGGUCGUCCUUGUGAACAAGAUUCCUCUCGUCGAGCAGCAUUAUUCAGCUGAGUUCUUGCCAUUUCUGAGGAGCUCAUACAAAGUGGAGAGAGUCAGUGGAGACAGCCAGCUCAAAAUCUCUUUCACAGAGAUUGUGAAGAAAAAUGAUGUCAUCAUUUGCACAGCCCAGAUCCUGGAAAACUACUUGGAGAGGUCCAACAGUGGAGAGGAUGAAGGGGUGAACUUAAGCGAUCUGACACUGAUCGUAAUAGAUGAGUGUCACCACACUCAGAAAGGAGGGGUCUACAACCACAUAAUGAUGCGCUACCUAAAGCAGAAACACAAGAACAGAAGGCUGAUGAAGGAGCAGAAGGAGCCUGUGCCCCUCCCUCAGAUUCUGGGCCUGACUGCCUCACCAGGGGUGGGGGGUGCCACGAAAAUGGAGAAAGCAGAGGAGCACAUUCUGCGAAUUUGUGCAAACUUGGAUGCUUCCAAGAUUAUGACAAGAAGCCUCGGGGAACACAAAAAGGAGCCAAGGAAAAUAACUCUAACUGUUGAAGACAGGAAAGCGGAUCCCUUUGGUGAUGUAAUUAAGAAAAUCAUGAAUGCCAUUCAUGCCCAUGCCGACCUGAGCCCCACCUGUGAUCUUGGCUCUCAGAACUAUGAACAGUGGGUUGUUCAAAAAGAGCGAAUAGCUGCAACAGAAGAAAAUCAGAAAGUGCGGGUUUGCGCAGACCAUCUCCGACAAUACAGCGAGGGCCUGAAUCUCAGCAACACCAUUCGCAUGCGUGAUGCCUUUGGUUUCCUGAAAAAAUACCACGAGGAGGAACUAAAGAGAAAAACAAGCCCAGACGAUGACCAGAACAUAAAAAUCACAGUCACAGAGAGAUUCCUCUUCAAUUUGUUUGAAGAGAACAAGGAAGAGCUGCAGAGGCUUGCAGACAUUCCACAGUAUGAAAAUGACAGCUUGUCUAAACUAAGAGGUAAAAUUCUGCAAGAGUUCAGCAGCAGGGAGGAGGCCAGAGGGAUCAUUUUCACCAAAACACGUCGUAGUGCCAUUGCUCUAAGCCAGUGGAUUCAGGAAAACCCCAAAUUUGCUGACAUUGGAGUGAAAGCUGCAUAUGUCAUUGGAGGAGGAGACCAGAGUGUUGUCAAACCAAUGACCUCUGCAGAGCAAAAGGAUGUGUUGAAGAAAUUCGGCAAUGGUGACAUCAACUUGCUGAUUGCUACCACAGUGGCAGAGGAAGGUUUGGACAUACCAGCCUGCAAUUUUGUUAUCCGAUACGGCCUUGUGACCAAUGAGAUCGCUAUGAUUCAGGCUAAAGGUAGAGGAAGAGCCGAAGACAGCAGUUACACUCUGGUUGAGGUGAAAAACUCAGGGGUGGUUGAAAAGGAGUGUGUCAAUGAAUACCGCACGAAGAUGAUGGACAAAGCCAUUGACAAAAUCAGAGCUUUAAAUCAAGCGGAUUAUGACAAACGGAUCAUAGAGUUUCAGUUUCAGGCUAUAAUGGAGGAGAAGGUGAGAAUGACAAAGAAGAAGCAGAAAGACAUGAACGAGAACCCGUCUGAAGUGAAGUUCAGUUGCAGAGGCUGCAGCAAACACGUCUGCACCGGUGAAGACAUCCAGAUCAUAGAAAACAUGCAUAGAGUCAAUGUUACAACUCAAUUUAGUGAACUUUUCAUUCGAAGAGAAAACGCUGCUCUUCAAGAGCGACUUCUAGAUUAUGAGACCAAUGAACUCAUAGCAUGCAAGGACUGUGGGCAGAAAUGGGGUUCGAUGAUGGUGCACCGUGGGAUCGAGUGCCCCUGCCUCCAUGUGAAAAACUUUGUGGUGACAUUCAAUGGAAAGAAGAUCAGCAAAUGCACCAAGUGGAGUGAGCUCGCCGUCAGGUUUUCUGCCUUUGACUACGCUGAACAUGCAAACCGGGUGGUCGACAGCUCUGAUGAUGAAGAGACAGCAUGAGUUAAAACAAUGUAGAAUUGUGCCAGCAAUCUAAACAACACUGAUUUCUUGUGUUCUUAACUGUGUAGCUUGUACACACCACACUGUUGAAUGCAACCCCUCUUUUGAGUGCUACUUUGUCAUGAGAAUUGGAGUCACUGAAGGUGGUGGAUUUACAGUUCAGUUUUAUCAUUUUACUGGUAGUGGAAUUAAUCCCAAAUCUCUAAUCUUGUCAAAACAAGAAUUUGCACUGUGAUUGUUGGUAUAUCUGAUGCCAAGUGUUGUAUUUACUGUAAGAAUCAUAAAAUGCAUGUGCAAUAUAUGUAAGUACGCUGGUAUGGAUAUUAACUGGGGGAAAAAAAUGAAUAAAAAAUAUAUUUCCUCUCAAACA